UUAUUAAAACCCAUCAACAAACACUUAUUAUAGCCAGUUAUACAAUUCUCAACGCCGUUCAGUUUGCUGUUGUUGAACGGAUUAACUCCCACCUUCCCUACCCUUUGCACCGUCGGCGACCCAAGACCGCUUGCGAUUUUAUUUUUUUUUUUGUGCUGUGCAUUUUGGCCAAGAUGUCGAAAAAUAAACUUAAUUUAGUGCUGCCGCCGGUAAAUGUGGAUACAACUGUUGCUGCCGCACAGGUGGCACCAACGCCGCCAUUUAAAACACCAUCGGGAACAGAAACACAUAGUUUGCUGGGGAAGCCAAAAACGAGCAUCGAUGCGCUAACGGAAACAUUGGAGGGCCUGGACAUGGAUGACACGGAGCGCAAGCGAAUAAAAGUGUUCCUCAGUCAGAAAGAGAAAAUCGGCGAACUCUCCGAGGAGGAUCUGGAAAAGUUGGGCGAACUCGGCUCCGGCAAUGGCGGCGUUGUUAUGAAAGUGCGCCACACCCUCACACACCUGAUUAUGGCACGGAAACUGAUCCAUUUGGAGGUGAAGCCGGCGAUCAAAAAACAAAUCCUGCGCGAGCUAAAAGUGCUGCACGAAUGCAACUUUCCCCACAUUGUUGGCUUCUAUGGCGCCUUCUACAGCGACGGUGAGAUAAGCAUCUGCAUGGAAUACAUGGACGGCGGCUCCCUUGAUCUCAUAUUAAAGCGCGCCGGCCGCAUACCCGAAUCGAUACUCGGACGCAUCACGCUGGCGGUGCUGAAGGGGCUCAGCUAUCUGCGGGACAAGCAUGCGAUCAUCCAUCGCGAUGUCAAGCCAAGCAACAUACUCGUCAACAGCAGCGGCGAGAUCAAAAUCUGUGAUUUCGGCGUUUCGGGUCAGCUAAUCGACUCGAUGGCCAACUCAUUUGUGGGCACGCGCAGCUACAUGUCGCCGGAACGACUGCAGGGCACACACUAUUCGGUACAGUCGGACAUUUGGUCGCUGGGUCUGUCGCUGGUUGAGAUGGCCAUCGGCAUGUAUCCAAUACCGCCGCCAGAUUCGUCAACGCUGGAGACCAUAUUCGCAGAGAACGCCAAUGAGGAUGGCAAUCAAACGGUGCUGGAGCCCAAAGUGAUGGCGAUAUUCGAGCUGCUCGAUUAUAUUGUUAACGAGCCGCCGCCGAAGCUGGAACACAAGAUAUUCUCAAAUGAGUUCAAGGACUUUGUCGACAUCUGUCUCAAAAAGCAGCCGGACGAGCGUGCCGAUCUCAAGACGUUGUUGAGCCAUCCAUGGAUACGGAAAGCGGAGGUGGAGGAUGUCGACAUAUCGGGCUGGGUAUGCAAGACAAUGGACUUGCCGCCAUCGACGCCGAAACGCAAUACAUCGCCCAACUAAUUAGCAUUCCUUUAUUUCACACUCUCGCGCACGCACAUACACGUUAUUUAUUUGUAUGUAGUUAUGUAUGUACUUGUUGUAUCAACUUGCUCCCACACUCUACACACUCUGCCGCUCCACUUUCUGGCACUUUGUGUGCGUGCGUUCGCUGUCACUGGCCUCAGCACUCAAACAAACGAGCACAAGCAUACGCAGACGACACAAGGAAAGAAAGGAGAGUGCAAAAACUGAACAAUACAAAAAAUUAAAUGAGUCGGAAAUUGUAUUCGCCAUCUAACA